AUGGAAGCAGUGCCCCGUGAGGAGAAGCCCAACCCGCUGGAGGAUGCCAACUUCUGCUCCCGGCUUUUCUUCUGGUGGUUGAACCCCUUAUUUAUUACUGGCCAUAAACGAAAGCUUGAAGAAGAUGAUAUGUAUAAAGUGCUGCCAGAAGAUUCCUCAGAGAAGCUUGGAGAGGAAUUGCAGUGGUACUGGGACAAAGAGGUGCAAAAAGCAAAAAAGAGAGGAAAAAUGCCACAUUUAACAAAAGCCAUUAUUCUUUGUUACUGGAAAUCCUAUUUAGUUUUUGGAAUUUUCACAAUGAUUGAGGAAACCCUCAAAAUAGUUCAGCCAAUAUUUUUGGGAAAAAUUAUUAAUUACUUUGAAAACUAUGAUUCCUCAGAUGAAGUCGCUUUGAAUUUUGCAUAUGGCUAUGCAGCUGCUCUGUCUGUGUGCACACUUAUUCUAGCCAUAAUGCACCACUUAUAUUUCUAUCAUGUACAGCGGGCUGGCAUGAAGUUGAGGGUAGCUAUGUGCCACAUGAUUUAUCGGAAGGCGCUUCGUCUCAGUAACGCAGCUAUGGCAAAAACUACCACUGGUCAAAUAGUAAACCUUCUGUCAAAUGAUGUGAACAAAUUUGAUCAGGUAACAAUUUUCCUGCACUUCUUGUGGGCUGGACCAAUGCAAGCUGUAGCAGUAACAGUGCUUCUCUGGAUGGAGAUAGGCCCAUCCUGUCUUGCAGGAAUGGCAGUUCUGAUUAUUCUUCUUCCUAUUCAGACAUGCAUUGGGAGGCUUUUUUCUUCCCUAAGAAGCAAGACAGCUGCCCUAACAGAUGUCAGGAUUAGGACCAUGAAUGAAGUCAUAAGUGGUAUGAAGAUAAUAAAGAUGUAUGCUUGGGAAAAAUCAUUUGCAGAACUUGUGAAUGGUUUAAGAAGGAAGGAGAUUGCUAUGGUUAUGAAAAGCUCCUACCUUCGAGGACUGAACUUAGCCUCUUUCUUUGUGGGAAGCAAAAUAACAGUGUUCAUGAGUUUCAUGGCAUAUGUGCUACUUGGCAAUGUUAUCUCUGCAAGUCGGGUGUUUGUUGCAGUGUCCCUGUAUGGUGCAGUGAGACUGACAGUAACUCUGUUCUUCCCUGCGGCUGUGGAGAGAGUAUCCGAGGCAGUGAUUAGCAUACAACGAAUCAAGAACUUUCUGAUCCUUGAUGAGGUCUCACACUUCCAGCCACAACUUCAAGAUAAUAAUGAGAAUGCCAUUCUUCAUGUUCAGGAUCUGACUUGCUAUUGGGAUAAGAAUUUAGAAAGCCCAACACUUCAACAAAUUUCAUUUACUGUCAGACGAGGGGAAUUACUGGCUGUGAUUGGUCCUGUAGGAGCUGGAAAAUCUUCACUCUUAAGUGCUGUGCUUGGUGAGCUGCCUAAAGACAAAGGUUUGAUAAAUGUCACUGGAAGAAUUGCUUAUGUUUCUCAGCAGCCUUGGGUGUUUUCUGGUACAGUAAGAAGUAAUAUACUCUUUGACAAAGAGUAUGAGAAAGAAAAAUACGAAAAAGUUUUGAAAGUCUGUGCUCUUAAAAAGGACUUAGAAUUAUUAGCCGACGGUGACCUAACAGUAAUAGGAGAUCGCGGAGCUACGCUGAGUGGGGGACAGAAGGCCCGUGUAAAUUUAGCCAGAGCUAUGUAUCAAGAUGCAGACAUCUAUCUUUUGGACGAUCCACUGAGUGCAGUAGAUGCUGAAGUUGGAAGACAUUUGUUUGAAAAAUGUAUUUGUCAGGCCUUACACCAGAAGAUCACUGUUUUGGUCACUCAUCAGUUGCAAUAUCUCCAUGCUGCAAAUCAGAUUCUGAUUCUAAAAGAGGGUAAAAUGGUGGGGAAAGGUACCUAUUCAGAGUUCCUGAGAUCUGGCAUCGACUUUGCUUCCCUUUUGAAAAAAGAUGAAGAGGUAGAACAGCCGUCAGUUCCAGGAACACCCAACAUGAAGCCUGCCCGCAACCGAACCUUCUCGGAGUCCUCUGUCUGGUCCCAGGAUUCAUCUGUCCACUCACAGAAAGAUGGAGCAGUGGAACAACCACCUACUGAAAAUGUGCUGGCUACAUUGCCAGAGGAGAGUCUUUCUGAGGGAAAAAUAAGCUUCAAGAUUUACAGAAAAUACUUCGCUGCAGGAGCAAACUACUUCGUGAUUUUUAUACUUAUACUGUUCAAUAUUUUGGCACAGGUGGCAUAUGUGCUCCAAGAUUGGUGGCUUUCUUACUGGGCAAAUCAUCAAGAAAAGUUGAAUGUCACAACAAAUGGGAAUAAUGGAGUAAAUGAGACUGAACACCUAGACCUUAACUUUUACUUAGGAAUUUAUGCAGGUUUGACGGUGGCUACAAUACUGUUUGGCAUAAUAAGAAGUCUUCUGGUGUUUCAAGUUCUUGUUAAUGCUGGUCAGAAUUUGCACAACAAAAUGUUUCAGUCCAUUUUGAAAGCUCCUGUCUUGUUUUUUGACAGAAAUCCUAUAGGAAGAAUCUUAAAUCGUUUCUCCAAAGAUAUUGGCCACAUGGAUGACUUGCUUCCGUUGACGUUUUUGGACUUCGUGCAGACUCUCCUACAGAUUCUUGGUGUGGUGGCUGUGGCUGUGGCAGUGAUUCCUUGGAUACUCAUCCCCUUAAUACCACUGUUUGUUCUUUUCAUUUUUCUUCGAAGAUAUUUCUUAGACACUUCAAGAGAUAUUAAGCGUCUAGAAUCCACAACUCGAAGUCCAGUGUUCUCUCACUUGUCAUCAUCCCUCCAGGGACUUUGGACUAUUCGGGCUUUGAAAGCAGAGGAAAGAUUUCAAAAAUUAUUUGAUGCACACCAAGACCUCCACUCAGAAGCCUGGUUUCUAUUUCUGACAACCUCGAGGUGGUUUGCUGUGCGACUGGAUGCCAUCUGUGCCAUUUUUGUUAUAGUGGUUGCUUUUGGUUCCCUGCUUCUCGCUAACACUUUGAAUGCGGGGCAGGUUGGUUUGGCACUAUCCUAUGCAAUCACCCUCAUGGGAACGUUCCAGUGGGGUGUUAGACAAAGUGCUGAAGUUGAAAACCUGAUGAUAUCAGUAGAAAGAGUAAUGGAAUACACAGAACUUGAAAAAGAAGCUCCUUGGGAGACCAACAAGCAUCCACCACCUGAAUGGCCAAGCCAAGGAAUGAUAGCAUUUGAAAAUGUUAAUUUCACUUACAGUCUAGAUGGACCUUUGGUGUUGAGACACUUGUCUGUUUUAAUUAAACCAAAAGAAAAGCAGUCAUUAGUGCAUACACCUGAAUCUCAGGCAGUGGGUAAUUGCCCUCUGGUGUCUGUCGGAAUAGUGGGAAGAACUGGAGCUGGGAAAAGCUCUCUGAUAGCAGCCCUCUUUCGCUUGGCGGAACCUGAAGGAAAGAUUUGGAUUGAUAAAUAUUUGACAUCAGAGCUGGGACUCCACGACUUGCGGAAGAAAAUUUCAAUUAUACCUCAGGAGCCUGUUUUGUUCACUGGAACUAUGAGGAAAAACUUGGAUCCUUUCAAUGAAUACACAGAUGAAGAGCUGUGGAAUGCCUUGGAAGAGGUGCAACUGAAGGAAGUUGUGGAAGAUCUACCUAAUAAAAUGGAGAUGCAGCUGGCAGAAUCUGGAUCUAAUUUUAGUGUUGGUCAGAGACAGCUGGUGUGUCUUGCCAGAGCAGUUCUAAAAAAAAAUCGGAUCCUUAUCAUCGAUGAAGCAACAGCAAACGUGGACCCGAGAACAGAUGAGUUCAUUCAAAAGACGAUCCGAGAAAAGUUUGCUCACUGCACAGUGCUGACCAUUGCACACCGCUUGAACACCAUUAUUGACAGUGACAGGAUUAUGGUUUUAGAUGCAGGAAGACUGAAAGAGUAUGGUGAACCUUAUAUUUUGCUGCAAGAACAAGAUGGCUUGUUUUACAAAAUGGUGCAACAAGUGGGCAAGACUGAAGCAGCUUCUCUGAUGGAAACAGCAAAACGGGUGUACUUCAGUAAGAAUUACCCAGAAGUUGUUCAGAAUGGUCAGCUUGCCACGGACUCCUCCUUGGAUCCUUCCUCAGGGUUAUGCAUAACCGAAACUGCACUGUGA